AUGGUCCCACGCAAACAGACUACAUCCCAACGACACCCUGAUGAAUAUUACCUUAUAGAACAGAAAAGAAAGCAGUUCGGGCUAUUCCCUCCUAAGUACAAGGUUCAGCAUCAACUUGCCUCACUACAAAAACUACGAUCUAUCUACGACCAGGAAAAGCGUAUUCAGCCAUCGGUUGCGAUGACCAAUUACCACUGUCUCCUCACUUCCAAGCAUUCCCCGUUGAAGAGUCUCAGUUCAAUCGAACUGCGUAAAAACAACACACGAGUGCAGUAUAUUAUGAGUUUUGAUGGCGAUGCUACAAAGAAGGGAUCUCCGAAAGACCGUCCAUCUCCUCCAGUUGGCCAGACACGCAUGAACAAAUUGCGUGUUGAGUUGCGUUGCUUGAGUUGA